UUAGUUCAAUUAAUAAGUGAGAAGAGAGAUUUUUUUUCCCCCUUGGCUUGCUUGAAGAGGUCUGAGGAGGAUCACCAGGAUGGAAAGUACUACCAUGCUUUUAGCAGCUAGCACCCUGCUCCUGGUACUCCAUGCCGCCUACGGACAGUUUCCCAGGGCUUGCAGUACAGCACAGGUCCUCUUAAACAAGGAAUGUUGCCCAGUCUGGUCAGGAGAUAAUUCUUCAUGUGGAGAAGUCUCAGGCAGGGGAGUGUGCCAAGAUGUAGUGCCCUCCAACUCCCCAGUAGGUGCCCAGUUCCCUUUCUCGGGCAUUGAUGAUCGAGAAAACUGGCCUAUUGUCUUCUACAACAGGACAUGCCGAUGCCAGGGUAACUUCAUGGGUUACAAUUGCGGAGAGUGCAGGUUUGGCUACACAGGACCAAACUGCACCGAUAGACGCAAUAUGAUAAGAAAGGAGAUCUUCAGGAUGACCACGGCUGAGAAGGACAAGCUUAUCGCCUACCUCAACUUGGCCAAGCGUACCACCAGCCCAGACUAUGUUAUUGCCACCGGCACUUACGAGCAGAUGAACAAUGGCUCCGAUCCGAUGUUCGCAGAUAUCAAUAGCUACGAUCUGUUUGUGUGGCUGCAUUACUACGCCUCCAGGGAUGCUUUCUUGGAAGAUGGUAGUGUGUGGGCCGACAUAGACUUUGCCCAUGAGGCUCCUGGCUUUCUGCCUUGGCAUAGGUUCUUCCUGCUGCUUUGGGAACGGGAAAUCCAGAAGGUGACCGGGGAUGAUAGUUUUACUAUUCCCUUCUGGGACUGGAGAGAUGCCCAGCAAUGUGACCUCUGCAUUGAUGAGUUCUUUGGGGGUACACACCCUACUAGCAACACCCUCCUCAGCCCAGCUUCCUUCUUCUCCUCCUGGCAGAUUAUUUGCAGUCAGCCUGAGGAGUAUAACCGCCUGGGAGUUAUAUGCAAUGGUACAAAUGAAGGUCCCCUACUGCGAAGCCCCGGGCGUCACGACAGAGACCGGACACCCCGGUUGCCCACUUCAGCCGAUGUGGAGGCCUGUUUAUCCCUAACAGAUUAUGAGACUGGAGACAUGGAUCGAUCUGCCAACUUCAGCUUCAGGAACACUUUAGAAGGGUAUGCUGUUCCAGCCUCAGGAAUCGCUAACAGAUCUCAGAGCAGUAUGCACAAUUCACUUCAUGUGUUCUUGAAUGGCUCCAUGUCCAAUGUUCAGGGAUCUGCAAAUGACCCCAUUUUUGUUCUUCACCAUGCGUUCGUUGAUAGCCUUUUUGAACAAUGGCUUAGAAGACAUCAACCCUCACUAGAUGUUUACCCGGAAGCCAAUGCACCAGUUGGACACAAUCGGGAAUACAACAUGGUUCCAUUUAUUCCAUUGUUUACUAAUGGAGAGUUCUUUGUCCAGUCAAGAGACCUGGGGUAUGAGUACGAUUACCUGGCUGAAUCAGGUUCUAUUGAAGAUUUUCUGAUGCCCUAUUUGGAGCAAGCAAGACAAAUCUGGCAGUGGCUUGUUGGAGCGGCAGUGGUCGGAGGGUUGGUCACCGCUGUGAUUGCAAGCAUCAUCAGCUUAACAUGCCGAAGGAAGCGGAAAACGAAAAUCUCAGAGGAGACCCGGCCACUUCUCAUGGAGGCUGAAGAUUACCAUACCACUUACCAAUCCAAUCUAUGAUAAUGCAUGCCAUGCCAUCUAAGCAGAAGUUUUAAAAUGUACCAGGGUUUUUUCUUCAUGUGUCGGCUAAUUUGAGGGCUAUGAACAAACCUCUGGGAAAUCGCUCUACUCCCGCACUGAAACGGACAUUCUUGUUUGGGUUACAUAAAUAGCUGACUGCAGGGUUCAUGAGUAACUAAAGGCUUUUUUUUUUUUUAAUGGGUUUUCAUUUAUCUCAGUGAUAAUGUGUAUAAUGUUACACAUCCACAGAUAACUAUGGUUGUGUAAUGCUCAACAGGCAAGAAGUGCAGGGGUCGUCAGCCUGUAAGAUUUUAUAAGUGCCUGAAGAAAAAAACCUUAUUGUGUUGCCUUUACAAACCACUGUCCCUUUAACAGAGCUAUCUAAAACAUUGAUUCUUGUAUAAGACAAAACAUUGUCCUAAUGGACACUAUAUUGUCAAUAGUGUCCUCGUAUAUCUGUUGCCUCCUAGCUUCCUAGGUCUCUUUGGAAGCUUGGAUGGUGUGCAUUCAGAUGCUUUGCUACGUUCAGUCAAACAUUUUUACCGGAUUUUAGGCCCCCAGUAUUUGUCCCACUGCUAACCUUUUCUGGUGCAGUUUCUACUUCCUUUCACAAUGAAUGGAUGAUCUGACUGGGAUUUUUGUAAGAAUAAGUUUACAGUAAAUCCACCAAGAAAAAAAAAUGGGGCUUCUAGUUACUUGCCUACUAUGCUGCUCCAUUGGCUUUAAUCCCUAAUCAUUCAUUGCAGGUCAUUCUGCAGUCUUUAUCGGCAUACUUGCUCCA